CCCAUAAACUCCCAUAAUCACCCAAAAAAAUAGGUUUUUACGUAUUUUUUUGAAAAUAUGUAAGUAAUACCAAUAAAUUAUUUUUAUAAAUUGUAUUGAUCAAUUCUACAAUAUUAAAUAAAACGUUAACUAAUAAUAUUUCAGGAAAUUUUAAAAAUCUAUAUAUAAUAAAAUGAAAAUAAUUAAUUUUCAGUGUUUUCAUGUUGCAGUUGAUCAACAUGUUGGCCUUUUGCUUCCCGUAGAUACUUUAAAAUUUCUUCAUAACACCUCGUUCGCACACAUGGCCGUAUAUAUUUAAAUUCUUGAGCCACUAACAGUCCGAAAUACUCAUUUCUUUUAUCCUCUUCUCCAUAAAUUAAGCAUUUAGAACAGUUUGUUUCUUCUUUCAGUAAAUUUUCUUUUACUUUAUCCUCGUUUUUUUCUUUGUUGCGACGACGCUGGGUAAAUCAUCUGGACACUGGGUCUCACUAUCGCCAAAUAUAUUUGGAGAUCGGCUUCGGCUACGGCUUGGCAGACAUUUUUUUCUUUCUACAAUUUUAAAUUAAAUUUAUUAGAAUAAAUGCUUCGAACACACGCGAUCUAAGUACCUUUUGUGUUUAUUAUACCUUACCUACCUAGGUAUAAAAAGAGUACUUACGUAGAUUUUCUUUUAUUAACUGUUUUAUACGAAGAUCUUGAUCUCUCAAAUUAGCAUCCAUUUUACUUCCAGUGAUUAUCAACUAAAUUAAUAAUCCACAAAGUAUUAAAUAACGUUUUUAUGAAAUAUUUAGCACAAAAACAAUACCCUUUAAAUAUCGAUCGUCAGUAACUGUGGCUGACUUACCUAUAUUCUAGCAAGCAGGACUGCCAGAUGUGAAGGGGAAAUCCCCAAUAAAUUGUUGCAUGUGACUGAUGAUGUGAGCAUGUUCGUUUCAUAAUAAAAAUGUUGCCAGGUAACCAAAAAGUCGUAUGUUUUUGUGCGAAUUACGAUCAUAAUCUUUACGAUCGUACAUUAAAAAAUAGACAAAUAAUAGUAUGAGUACGAUUUAAAUCGUAUAUCUGUCAACCCUGCUAGCAAGACAGCGACAAAAUCACGUUGCAUAACAAUGUAGCCCAAGCUUAUAUCUUAUGAAAUAUACGGAAGAGAUACGGACUUAGAAAAAACAGAAAUGUUGUUCUUUGUGGAAGUCAUUGAUGAAAUUCUAUGUAUUUUAGCCCGCAAACUUUCUUCAAACAAAAACAGCGCCAUCUAGUAUCGAAUUCUGUAAUUAUCUCUUUGUUUAUGGAUUUGAAGUAAGACCGCCACGCAUGCAAUACAUUAUGACUGGGGAUUCCCCUAUUCGUCGACGCUGAAUAUGAGGCGACGACAAUCACUGUCAAACGUGUUCACUAUUACUCUGACUCUGGUAACGUGACUUCCUGGUAACGUGUUAGGUAGGAAAAGCAGUAAAAAAGUGCAUAUUAAGGGAGCAGAUUUGAAAUAAUAUUUAUACUUAACAAGAAAUAAUUAAAGGUUCAAUGGGGAGACCUAAAGAUUUACGCAUAUGGGAGCACUACCAUACUUUACCAAACAAGUCUGUUUCUUGCAAGCUUUGUAAUAAGGUCUACAAAUUCAGUAAUGCUGCCAAAAUGCUUCAACAUCUUAUCACUUGUCCAAAAUCUCCAGAAACAUUAAAAGACUCUAUGAAACUUAUAAAAGAUAGCUCGUCCAAAACCAAAAUGUCUGGACUGUCAGAGAUAGAGACAAAUGAUUCUUUUAUAAGCCCCUCGUCGUCUGCUAACACUACAAUAAAUGCUGAGUUUCAAGACACCGAUGAUCAUAUAAAAACAGAAUUAGCGAGAGCUAUAUUUGUAACAGGGACGCCAUUAUCGAUGGUGCAACAUCCUUUAUGGAUACAAUUUUUCGAAAAAUUGCAACCAAAAUUUAAAAUACCUUCACGUAAAGCUUUAGCGACAAAAUACUUAGAUAAAAUAUAUAGAGAAAUGCGUUUUGAGUUAAAUGAGGAACUAAAUGCUUGUAGUUACUUACACCUUCAGUGCGAUGGCUGGUCUAAUUUAAGAAAUGAAGGAAUAAUAAACUUUCUUAUAUCAAAACCUCAACCUGCAUACGUUAAAAGUUUGAAUACAGAAAGUAAUCCUCACACUAGUGAAUACCUUAGCCAAGAAGUUGAAAAAGUAAUGAAAGUGUAUGGAGCAAAUAAGUUUCUUGUACUUAUUGGCGAUAACGCUAGAAAUAUACAAAAGGCAUUCGAAUUAACAAAACUCAAAUAUCCACAUGUUGUUCCUCUCGGUUGCUGUGCACAUAUCCUUAACUUGUUGUGCCAAGAUAUUGUAAAGAUACAAGAAUUAACUGUGUUUAUUAUGCAAGCCAUAAAUAUAAUAAAAACUGUUAAAAGGAGUCAACGAUUAAGUUCCUUGUUGAUAAAAUCAAGGCAGGGUGAAGAUUCUACACAAACACUAAAAUUGCCUUGUGCUACAAGAUGGGGAAGUCAUGUUACUUCGUUAAAAAGUUUGAAAGCAAAUAAGAUAGCUUUGCAAAUAUUAACAGUUAGAGAAGAUGUGGUAAUUUCAAGAGAUAUUAAAGAUUUAAUUCUAAGUGAUGAUUUCUGGACGAAGACAGGGGAAUGUAUAAGUAUUUUGGAACCAGUCACUGAAAGCAUAUUUUACUUAGAGAGCGACCAGAAUCGUUUGCAUCGCACAUACAUUACAUUUAGAGAUGUACAAGCUAAGAUACGUUUUGCAUUAAAUGAGAUUUCGACAUUGAGCGAAGAAAGCAAACAGCAGAUUCUAACAUCAGUAUCUUCAAGAUGCAAUAUGGCAAUGAGGCCAAUACAUUUUGCAGCAUAUAUUCUAGACCCCAGGACUCUAGGAGUCGAACUUACUCAAGAGGAAGAACUUAAGGGUAUGGAGUUUAUCUACAAUUUAAGCCAACACUUAAGUUUGUCAAAUGUAAUGGCAGAUUUGGCGUGUUAUAAAGCUAAAGAAAACUUUUGGGCCAGAGGAUUUGUAUGGAGCUCAUUAGAUAGCAUUGAGCCCCUAAUAUGGUGGAAAGGUAUUUGUGGUUCCACUGAGUUAAGCAAAGUAGCGAUUCGUAUUCUAUCAGCUCCCUGUACUUCGGCAGCCACUGAGCGUUCCUUUAGUAUCCAAGGCUACAUACAUAAUAACAAAAGAAAUCGACUUACAACUGAAAGAACUGAAAAAAUUUCAUUCAUUUGUUAUAACUGGAAUCUUAAACAUAAAGCUGAAUGCGAGGACAUUCAGUUUAAUGAAGAAAAUACCUUAGAAGCUUUCAUUGAGCAAGUAAAUGAACAUAACAGUUUAGACGAAAUAGAGCCUAUCGAACCUAUACAAUUCAUCGCUUGUAAUAACUCUGAAUCUGACAGUGAUUGACUGUAGUUUUACAUUUUACUUUCAUCUCUUUCUUAAUAAACUCAAAAUCAAAUUAAAAGUUUUUUAUUCUGUAGGCUGCAUAAUAAUAUUGUCUAUGUCCAGUAUAGUGGACGUCUUGCGGCUGAGAUGACGAUGAUGAAGUACAAAAUCAUAAACACCCAAAAAUUUGGGUGUUUAUGGGGUUUAAACCCAAUAAACCCAAAACACCCGGUUUUUACCCACCAGACUUUAAACCCACCCAGGUGGAUUGCCCAUCUCUAAACAUAAAUGAUUCAAAAAAUAAAAAUAAAUAAAUACUCAAAGAAGACCUUAAGUCUCUACCCGCCUUAUUAUCAACCACUGUUUGAUGUGUCACUUUCUUUGUCCUAGGGACAAAUUUAAGAAGGUAUUUGUAAGUGAUCCCUACUCAUGCGGUCGACAGUGCGGUCAAUCGAUCAAAUAAAAGUCCAUCGACCUAUUCGACCUAAUCUGCGAGGAAUCUGAAUCCGUAUCUCAGAUGAACAAAAUAUUUUUAAUACGA